CGGACGAACUUCUUUUACUUUUGCUGCUGAGGAAUCCGAGAGGACGACAAAUAUCUUCAUACCUUCAUAACUGCAAUUCAAUGAUUUCAUGUUAGACAGUUUGUUGCGCAUUGUUUCAUUUUGAAUCAAGUUUUCGGGGAACAAGUAUCGAAGCCACCAUUUGGUGUGGACAAGACAAGCCACUACGACGCGGGACGGACCAGCGAUUCGUCUCAACACUCCACGUACCGCACCCUUCGCGACGCCGUUAUCAAUCACAAUUGGCAACGAGACCCUGAGUCUUAUCAUCUGGGUCGGCUCACUUCUCUCGAUUCUGCAGCCAGUAGUCAAUGGAGAUGGAUUGCUGAAAAGGCACGGGAAGUGAAGAAUGCUUCUCUAUCCAGCCAGCUACCUCGACGAGACCAACAUCGAGUAUCUUUCCACUUAAUUAAGCACCCACAACUUCGACAUGGCAGAUCUGACUCGAGGCCUCACACCAGCCAUGGAAGCAUCUUCUUCGGCAGCAUCGCAAACAACACCUUCAAUCCACACAGAACAUUCGGGGCACGACUCUGCAUUAUCGCUCGCAGAUACCAUACCUGACAGCGGACAGCAGGAGGAAGAUAGCGUGGCAGAUAACUACGACGAGGAAGAUCAUGACUUCGACGACAAUGAUUCUGCCUUUGGGGGAUCCCUCAUCGGAUGCGACACCGAUACUCUUGCUUCCUACAUUACGGACUAUCGAUACGAGAAUGGGCGGCGAUAUCACGCAUAUCGGGAUGGGGAGUACUGGGGACCGAACGACGAGCACUCAAGUGACCUGCAAGAUCUGGCCCAUCACAUGUACCUCAUGACUCUCGAAGGCCUACUUCACCUUGCGCCUCUGCAUAGUCCGCACAAUAUCCUCGAUUUGGGCACUGGAACGGGGAUAUGGGCGAUUGAAAUGGCAGACGCAUAUCCCUCAGCGCAUGUCAUUGGAACAGACCUUUCUCCAAUCCAACCACUCUUCGUACCACCAAACUGCGCAUUCGAGAUCGAGGACCUGAAUCUCUCUUGGACAUAUCCGAAGAACCAUUUUGACUUUAUACAUAUUCGGGAACUGUUUGGUUGUGUAGCAGAUUGGGAUGAUUUCUUCUCUCAGGCUUUCGAACAUACCAAGCCAGGUGGAUAUGUUGAGAUUCUCGAACAUAGUGUAUGGCCUGUAGCAGAUGAUGAUACGAUCAACGAGGAAAGUUUCUUCACGACCUGGGGAAAGACAGUCGUUGGGCUAGGGGAGAAGUUCGGAAAGAGUUUCACGAUCUGGGAGGAAAGUAAAGAGAGGAUGGAAAAAGCUGGAUUCGUCGAUGUGGUUGAGACGAGGUACAAAUGGCCGAUGAAUGGUUGGCCUAGUCCCGAGCAUCGAACGCACGGCAAUGAUGGAGACAAACCAUGGAGGCGGUUACGGGAAUUGGGUGUUUGGAAUCAGUUGAGGCUAUACGACGGCGUGGAAGGUUUCAUGAUACGGCUACUGACAGUCAUCGGUGGGUGGUCGUACGAAGCUGCGCAGGUGUUUCUGGCCCAUAUGCGAGCCGAGUUGAAGGAUCUUAAGAUUCAUGCGUAUCUCGAUGUUACGGUUGUGUAUGGGCGAAAACCAGGAGGAAACCCGAGACCUGCGGUACCAUCGUCUACUUCUACGGGUUACUCGGUACGACCGAUGGUCUCCACCAUUCCAGAAGACUACCAAGGUCUUCCUUGAUGAGCAGCAAGUGAAUGGAGAAUGAGAGACGAAUUGAUCUCACGCUGCGAGGAAGUCGCAAAGUCAUAUUGCGGUUGUCCGCAGUUUUUGACUAAAGUAUCGCGUUCUGCGGGAUUCACUGAACUGCAGAUAGUCUAGCUACAACGUAUGGGAUCCAUUUUUUUGGGAGUUUGAGCGUGGGAUCGAUCUUUGCUAUUUAUUGGGACUUAUGUUGUACUCAUUUAUGAUGCCUUUGUAUCUACGGUUUGUUUCAAGAUCCAGACUUCACUUAUAAUGAUUUGGGUUAGAUGCCUCGGCAUGGAGUAGAAGAAGGCAGAGAUGAGAGCGUUGACUGAGUUUAAAGGAUGACAUGAUAUGGAAAAGUUGUCGACUUAGGGUAUUUGGUGUAUAUAUUUUAUUCAAUAUCAAGAUGGACAUAUAGGUACCCAUCUUGCUUCGAGAGAGCUAUGAUUUUGG